AUGUCGACCAGCUGCAAAUUAAGGAGUCAUGGCAUGAGGAGGGGCAAGAACCGAGCUCCUCACAAGGGAAUCAAGAGAGGAAGCAGCAAAAGAAAAUACCGGAAGGGCAACCUGAAGAGAAAACGGGGAGAGGAUGCCAGUCGCAGUUACCGCUCCCACUUGUGA